ACCGGAGUACCCCGACCGCCCGGGGCGGGCCCGCCCCGCAGGGAGCUGCUGGAGGCGGGGCAGGAGCCCCUGUGUCCCGCGGCUGAAAUAGGGGGAGGGCCUGGUCUGCUCCCAGCCCAGGUGGCCGCUGCUCGCUGAGCGCCCCGCCGUGCUGAGCCGCGCCGCCUGCGAGAUUGAAAUGUUUAUCUGCAAACUACACCAGAAGUGCCCUGGAGUGAAAACAAUACCUUCACCACUGCCUGCUGUACAGGAAAAGUGACUGGGAAUCAGACAGUCUUUUUCACGGAGUUUGAAGAGCUCGGGACAUACUUGCCAGCUGCCCGCUGCUCCCCUGUGUCAUCUCACUUUCAGCUUUCAGCUUAAUUGAAAUCUGCAAAAAUUCUCUGCUGCAAGAAAACGGGGGUGAUGUCAUCAGAAGAUGAUGCUGGCGGGGAGGCUCCUGGGGGCAGUUUCUGGGAGGCUGGAAACUACAGGCGGACAGUGAAGCGUGUGGAUGAUGGGUACCGGCUCUGCAAUGACUUAAUCUCCUGCUUCCAGGAGCGAGCUAAGAUAGAGAAGAACUAUGCCCAGCAGCUAACAGAGUGGUCCCGUAAGUGGAGGACCAAUGUGGAGAAAGGUCCACAGUAUGGUACUCUGGAGAAGGCCUGGCAUGCCUUCCUGACAGCUGCAGACAAACUGAGUGAAAUUCACUUAGCUGUCCGGAACCACCUGGCUGGCGAAGACUCGGAUAAGAUCAAGGCCUGGCAGAAAGAGGCCUACCACAAGCAGAUGAUUGGAGGCUUCAAGGAGACAAAGGAGGCAGAGGAUGGGUUCCGCAAGGCCCAGAAACCCUGGGUGAAAAAGAUGAAAGAUGUGGAGAUUUCCAAGAAAAAUUAUCAUGCAGCCCGGAAGGAUGAGAAAACAGCCCAUACAAGGGAGAACCAUGCCAAGGCAGACUCAUCUGUCUCACAGGAACAGCUACGCAAGUUGCAGGAGCGUGUAGAGAAGUGCACACAGGAGGCUGAGAAGUGCAAGGAUCAAUAUGAGAAGAUGCUGGAAGAGCUGAACCGCUACAAUCCUCGCUACAUGGAGGACAUGGAACAAGUGUUUGAGGGCUGUCAGGAAGCAGAGCGCAAGCGAUUGUGCUUCUUUAAGGAGAUGUUCCUGAAUCUGCACCAGCAUCUCAACCUCUCCACCAGUGAAAGCUUUCAUGCGUUGUAUCGAGAUCUCUACCAAGUCAUCAUGGCUGCGGACAACCAGGAGGACCUGAAAUGGUGGCGCAACACUCAUGGACCAGGCAUGGCAAUGAAUUGGCCUCAGUUUGAGGAAUGGUCCCUCGAAACACAGCGGCCAAUCACCAAGAAGGAGAAGAGUGGCAAGAUGGCUGAUGAUGUCACGCUGACUAGCAUUUUGCCUGCACGGGAUGGUGUUGUCUCACAGACCCCUCUGCAGACAAGGCGAAGGUUUUCCUAUCAAGAGGAGCAGAACAGCCUCUUCUAUGACAGCCUGAGGGCACCCGCCCAUGUGAACGGAGGGAAGGAAGACAUUUCGGAGUGGUCAGAUGAGGACACUCCCAAGAAGUGCCUGGAUGCCAAUGGGCACGAGGAGGACAUAAAGGUACCAGGUGUACGGGUACGAGCACUGUAUGAUUACACAGGACAGGAGGCUGAUGAGCUGAGCUUUAAAGCAGGUGAAGAACUAAUGAAGAUUAGCGAGGAAGAUGAGCAGGGCUGGUGCAAGGGCCGACUUCUCACAGGCCAAGUUGGACUCUAUCCUGCUAACUAUGUUGAGAAGGUUGGAUCAUGAUUGCUACUGCCCUGCUAGUGUCUUGCAGCCAUAUCAGCAUCUCCUGCAGAGGUCACUGGGUUACUGCUGGCCCCAAUCCACUUUUGCAGUAUAUCCAGCAACUUCUGGACUUUGAGGGCACGUAUUCCAUGUAACUAAUGCUUCAUUUUAAAUGCCUAGACCUGUAAGGAUUUUCUAAUAAAUAAACAAGGAUGAGUAAAGACUUUUCUGACUGUGAGCACUGCAGGAGUGCAGAAGGGAAUAGAUCCUCUUGACUUUCACUCAGUGAAGGGAGAUAAGCAACACAUGCAACUCCUCAAAAUAGAGAAAGCAGCCUUCCUUGGCUUCAAUGCAUAUGCAUCCAUAGGGUGGUGGGGUCUGCCCUGCCCCCAGGCUUCCUGUUCAAGGAACUUUGGAUAUACAGGGCAAUAGGGAACUUCUAGUAUUGCUUCCCCUUUUUGGCUCAAUCAAGCUGACUGGUGGAAAUCUAUUUAUUCUCCCAUCUCUUUCAGAAGUCUUCAGUAUCCUUCACCUGCAGGCUUGUUGGCUCCCCUGGUAAGGUAGCUUCAACAAUCUGGAUGUCCCCUCCCACUGCAGUCAGAUUUUUUUUUUGGGGGGGGGGGUAAUGCCAGGAGUUAAUGAUAGUAUAGCUUGGGGACAGGAGAAAGAGGCUUCUAUCUUGCAUGAUGUGGCUGUUCAGGCUGACAAGUUGUGAACAGAACUGUGGCAGCAGGUUGGAGUUGACUCAAUGUUCCCAGAGCUAGAAUGGGCCAUGACACACACUGAAGUCCGGUAUUAACAAAGAGGCAGCCACAUUCCAGAGCUGUUCUGCUUAGCACCCCUAAAUGUACCAGUAUCUGUUGGGGUUUCUAAUGCUUCUAGAUUGUUUUGGCUAUAUACCUCUGUCCUUCAUGAACACUCAGUGCACAGCAGAGACCCUCUUUUUUCCUUCUACAUAUUCUUGCCUCUUGCAUGCUAGAAGCCUACUCCCUGCUUUGCCAAAGACCACUACACUGUGAUGAAGGGUAGCAGUGUGUGGAAGUUACCUCCUGGCUGGGACAUCAUUAGCUGUAGAGGGAUAACUCUCCUUCUGGUCCUGAAUUGCUGCAGGUCUAUUUAUGCCCAGUUGUUAAGUGCCAUUCACCAGGGAGGACCUAUCAAACCUCUUUAUCUGGCUUGUCUUUCUGCCCUUGAAAGCCUCUGAGGCUGCUGAGACAAAGUGGGGUCCUGAUCCUAGUGCUCUGCAUAUUCAAACAUGAGGACUGAUGGACAGAUUCUGUAUAGGAUAAGCAUAAGAGCUUGAGGGAACAAAAAAAGGGAAAAGCUACUGUGUUUGGAAAAACAAACAGUAGUUUAAAAACUGUUUACUUAAUACAUCUGCUUAAAACUCUUGUUGAGAGGCACUGUGUGUUUGUAGUAGCCUCCUGUAGUGAAAUUCUUAUUCUGGGUUAGCACAUGUGAGGAACUUGGUUAAGUCAGACACAAAACUCAGUCAAGCCUCCACCAACCACACCAGGGCAAACUGCUUCAGGGCUGUUUGGAAAAGGGGUGACUCAGAUACGGAAGUUUAAAGUCAUAGGUGAGCAUUUGGGAUUAAAUGACUGCAGAAUGUUAACAGCAGCUAUUGAACCAAAAUGGAUGUUUAACAAGUGUAGACUGAAAAGGAUGUGGGGAUACACAGAUUCAAACACUGUUAACUUGGAGAGAUUAAAGUAUCACAAACAUCUUGUUGCCUGCCUGCCAGACAGAGCAGAAAUUAACCUUUUACAGCACAUUGGAUGCCUUGAAAUGUAGUCUGCCAUGGACAAAGAGAUCUGAGACUAAUGCUAUUUAGUGCUUUUGUAAGACCACAGAAAUGUAUCAGCUGUUGAAAGGUCUUGGUCAAAGUAUCCCUAGCACUGUACUUUCUGAAUGGGGGAAAGGGGUGCAAACCAAAAGAACAAGUCUAAAGCAGUUUGUUCUGAAUCAAUAAUGUCAUUUCUCAAGAACAGAGAAAGUAUUCCCAAAAAGCAAUUAAAGAUGUGAGCAACGGACACCAAAAGUGCCUGAAUUUGUCUAUGAAUUUACCUAUUAUUCUAGGUUCAAUAUUUGAAGAAACCUCUAAGCUUCUGCCAUGUAAUUAGAGAUGUUUGGUGUAUAAGCACUUGGAUUUAAUUAAAGAUCUUGUCUCUGAUUUCAGUACUAUGUCCCAGGUAAAGUACCGUCAGUGUUGUACAGUAAUUGCAAGUGUUCCACUUGCUGACCCACAACUGAAUGAUUUGUUGCUGCUUUGUCCUCACCCACGUGAAUGUGAAGAGAGCAUGCCUGCUAGGCUUGUGAGGUAAUACAGACAAACGCAGUCAGGGAUAAAAUGACCUGAGAUGUGCUAUAAUGAAUACUGAAAUUUACCUUGCUAGCCUGGAUAUUUUGAAACACUAAUGCUAAGGUUAAAAAAUUCUAGAAGAGGGUUGCGAAGGAUAACAUGGAGGCUUGACUUCAAUUUCUUUCCUAAGUUCUAGUCAGGCUAUAAUUAGGGAUGGAGUUAGGUGUGGCCAGACUGCUACGAGGACAGAAAUGUCCAGUGGACAGGACCUCUGGUUACAGUACAAACAACCUGAAAUUCCACAGGACAAAGUCUGAACAGACUUGUUUGUCCUAGGAAAACACGACCACCUGAUCAUAAUGGGCUGCUUGAAGGUUUCCAGAAAUAGUGACAUACUGCAGCUUAUGUGAACAAGUCCCCUAGAGGAAUGUUUGCACCAGAGAUUGCUGCCAAGAGCUGAAGUAAGGGACAGCAGACAACAUGUCGAGAAUGAAGAAUUGCUUGCCUGGACUGUACCUCAUAAAUUUUGGCAUGGCACUUAGACCUGGCUACCCAAAACCAAAUGGAAUAGUAAAAGACAGCCUGUGUAGUAAUGAACCAGCUGGAGGGAAAAAAAAAAAACCAACCAAACACAUCUAAUGAUCUUAUAUUAAACUAAUAGCUCUGCCUGGAGACUUAGUUUUUCCAUAGAAGCAAAUGAGGUUUUGUUAACCACAAAGGCUGUAGUUGAAACUUGUCAUCCAUGCCAUGCCAAAAGUUUUGUGUGUGAACAAAGAGUUGCACGCAUGAACUAAUUGCUUUAACGUGCCUAAAUUCCAGAAGGCCAGCAAAGCCUAUUCUUCCCCCAUGGCUUCCAUAAAAACAUACAGAUGCAUCUCUGCACCUAAUGGACAACACAGUGAAAACAUUAUCUAGUCAUGUUUUAUUUUUUUAAUAAAGCCAUUUCUUGU